GCGGCGGAUCAACCCAAAUGGCUCCUCCUACGGAAAACACCGCUGUCAAGGAAGAAGAAAAAGAUGAAAGAAAGGGAACGGGAGACGAGACUUGUAACUGUAGAGGACGAAGCCCUUAGCUCUGGGCAUUAUAUAUACAUAUCCACUCCUGCUCUGGUCUCUCGCAACCACCGUGCGCGCAUCAACUCGGCACAACCGCGGCCGUGUGCAGGGCCGCCGGCGAGCCGCUGGCCAUCGAGGAGGUCGUCGUUGACACGCCCAAGGCGCACGAGGUCAGGAUACGGAUCAUCUGCACGUCGCUCUGCCACAGCGACGUCACGUUCUGGCGCAUGAAGGAUCUCCCUGACAAUAUCCCCAGAAUAUUUGGCCACGAAGCCUUCGGGGUGGUGGAGAGCGUGGGUGAACAGGUGGACGAGUUCGCGGCGGGCGACGCGGUGGUGCCGACGUUCCUGGGGCAGUGCAGCGAGUGCGUGGACUGCAGGUCGGCGCGAAGCAACAUGUGCUCCAAGUACCGGUUCGCGGUGCGCCCGGGGAUGCCGCGCGACGGCACCACCCGGUUCACCGACGGCCAGGGGCGCCCGCUGCACCACUUCUUCGGCGUGUCCAGCUUCGCCGAGUACACCGUGGUGGACGUGAACCAGGUCGUCAAGCUCAACCCCGCCGUGCCGCCGGCACUCGCCUGCCUGCUCAGCUGCGGCGCCUCCACGGGGGUCGGAGCCGCAUGGAAGCAGGCGAAAGUUGAGCCUGGAUCUUCGGUCGCUAUCUUCGGCCUCGGCGCUGUAGGAUUGGCGGUGGCUGAAGGAGCCAGGAUUUGUGGGGCGUCGAAGAUAAUCGGCGUGGAUAUAAACCCUGAGAAAUGCGAGCUUGGAAAGAAGUUCGGCGUGACACAUUUCAUCAAUCCCAAAGAGCUCGGUGAGGAGAAACCUGUCCACCAGGCGAUCGCCGAGAUGACCGACGGUGGCGCGGACUACUGCUUCGAGUGCAUUGGACUGGCGGCGCUGAUGAACGACGCGUUCCGGAGCUCCCGAGACGGGUGGGGCAAGACGAUCAUUCUUGGGGUGGAAAUGCACGGUGCCCCCCUCUGCAUCUCUCCUCACGAGAUCCUCCACGGGAAGUCUGUCAUCGGGUCCAUGUUCGGCGGGGUGAAGCCUAAGCAGGAUAUCCCCAUUCUCGCCGACAAGUACAUGAACAAGGAGCUGGAGCUUGACAAGUUCAUAACCCAUGAAGUUGGCCUCAAGGACAUCAACCAAGCUUUUGACCUCCUGCUGCAAGGGAAGAGUCUCAGGUGCACCAUAUGGAUGGACAAGUGAUGCAAUAACCAGAGUUACGCAUCGGAACCUGAAGAUGCUAUGAUGCUUCCACCUCGUUUCAGUGAAAAUAAUUGUUUCAUCAGCUGCCAAAAGAAAUGUUAUAUGUAUCUUAAAUUCGAGUUUUCCAUUCCUUUUCUUCACGUCAUCACUCAAACAUGUUAAAAUGUGCCCAUGUUUUGAUUUUUACUGCUUUCAAAAGUUGUGACUAUCCUUAUCUUAUUAGUGAUAUUUUCGGAAUUUAUCUGGCGGAAGUAGGACUGAAAUUAAGCAGGUGCUAUCGUGCUAGUGUAACAAAAAUAUAGCAUAUAUGUAGCACAUGAGUAGCAAGAAAACAUUAUGUAAUAUAUCAUUGAGGUGCUACUUGUUAGCCAUGGACAAUAAUGUGAGUAGUAAACAAUAUCAUUAUGCGUUUA